UGAAGAAACAUCACAUCGUGAAAAUCAAUCAGAAGAACAAAGAAAUGAAAUGGAUAUUCCUAACGAUGAUCUUAGUGAAAUUGAGCAUGAAUGGGUUAAAGUUGGAGAAAAUGGGGAAAAAGAAAGGGAAGAGGAGAGAGAAGAAGAGGAAGAAGAGGAACUUGAAGAAUUAAACAAUGAAGCUGCUAACCUGCGUAAAUAUCAUCCGGCUGAACAUAAAGAUUCAAAGAUUAAACUUCGAUAUCUCUUUACAUGUGAUUUAUCACAACCUUUAUUUGUUCGUACACUUCAACAAGAUGAUUCUAUGCUUUUUAGUGACUAG